AUGCCGAAGCAAAGCCAGUGUGAGGCAACAUGCCGCUGGCUUUCUAAACCUGAAGUCCGUGAAAUCCAACGUGAAAAGGCACGAGUACAGUUCGCAGAGGAACCGUGCAAGCAAAAGGAACUCCAGGCGCCACUCUCAGAUGCCAGCGAGGGACGGGCAUCAUCUCCAGAUGGGGACGACGUCAGUUGUGAUGACAUCUCAGCCAAAGCGCCCUCGUCUCUUUCCGAACUACGCGCGUCUAUCGCUGGAUGGCAAACUGAAUGGGGCCCUGCAACUACAUGGGCGAAAAAUUUUCAUCAAUCGCUUACACGCACGCAGGAGAAAGGGCGGAGGGCUGUUGAUGAGUUCUUCUCUCGGUGCGAGGACCACGUCGGAGAGGGGCGCACAAUACUACAUAACCUUCGGUUUCUUGCACACCAUCCGCCGAAUAAGGGACCAAAGCAGGUGAAGGAUUUGUACAUCCAGCUUGACAAGUACGCGCCUGCAGUCCCAUUUACCAAGGUUUCUGAAGUACGGUGUUACAGUAGGAUCUAG